UUUUAUUUCUGCGCAACAAUCAUGGCUCAACAGUUCGAGCCGAUGAAGAAUGACUUGAUUCUCCGGACUGCAAGAGGAGAGAAGGUCGAGCGUCCGCCAAUGUGGGUGAUGCGACAAGCUGGUAGAUACCUCCCCGAGUACCACGAAGCCAAAGGAAAUCAUGACUUCUUCGAAUGCUGCCGGUCGCCCGAGAUUGCUUCAACCCUCACCCUGCAACCUAUUGAACGGUUCGCGGGGCUCAUUGAUGCAGCCAUAAUUUUCUCCGACAUCUUGGUCAUACCACAAGCAAUGGGGAUGAAGGUUGUCAUGGUUGACAAAAAGGGCCCGCACUUUCCGGAGCCCUUGCAGUCACCGGACGACAAUCAAUACAAAGAAAUCAUGCAGCGGAAUGUUGACGUUCAGGAGUCGUUGGACUAUGUGUAUAAGGCCAUCGCACUCACACGGCGGAAACUGCAAGGGAGGGUUCCCUUGAUAGGAUUCUGCGGCGCACCUUGGACGUUAUUGAGCUACAUGGUGGAAGGAGGCGGAAGCAAAAUGUUCAUUCAAGCAAAGACGUGGGUUUUCAAGUACCCAGAGGCAAGCAAGGCUCUGCUUCAGAAGAUCGCAGAGAUCUGUGUAGAGUACCUCGCGCUGCAGGUUCAAGCCGGCGCACAGAUGAUCCAAGUGUUUGACUCCUGGGCUGGAGAGCUUUCGCCAUCGUCGUUCAAAGUUAUAGCGCUUCCAUAUCUCGAGUACAUCGCUGAUCACUUACCCGGUAGGCUUCGGGAACUGGGCCUGGAAAGCGUACCCAUGACCGUCUUCGCGAAAGGAGCUUGGUAUGCACUUGAAGAUUUGUGUGCGACGAAUUACGAUGUAAUUGGCCUUGACUGGCUUCACGUCCCAGCAGAGGCAUACAAGCUUGCACGCACCAAAGGAAAAGUGGUUCAAGGGAAUGCGGAUCCCGGCGUGCUCUACGGCGGAAGAGAAGCCAUCACGGCAGUGGUUAAGGAGAUGGUGGAGGGCUUCGGCGGAGGAAAGCAGGGGUGGAUAGCCAAUCUCGGUCAUGGUAUAACUCCCUUAGUGAAGCCUGAUGAUCUAAAAUUCUUCUUUGAGGAAAUACAUAGAUACACCUCUACGUGAACUGCCUUGUAGCAAUAGAAAACCAAGCAUACCAACCUCAAUGGAGGAAGCACUAUUCAUUCCCCAUCUUCACCAAUGUCUUCAUUCC